UUUGGCGCUGAGAGAAGAGACAGGCCCAAGCAGGGCGCUUUUGUUACGGCUAGAGGGAGGGAGAUAGCUAGAAUAAAAUACAUAGGAGCCCAAUUUCCCCAGGUCUGGUCUUGCAUCCUGCAAAAACUGGGCCUUUCCUGAAUCUACGGCUUCAAUCCUAGCUGCUAUGGAGACCAAGAACAGACAGAGCGUGUAGCCCCCGUUUGCAGUCCCAGAGUUAAGACGACGAGGCACAUUGUCGCUGCUUUCUUGAAAUCGUUUUAUGAUUGUGCAAUUGUGUGAACAGAACCAGGGAUCUAAUAUUUGGCAUUUGUUUAGAAUGGAACACGCUGAAGGCCCUGUCAGAAAAAGGGAAACCUAAAGGAUGCUGGAGCAGAACAAUGGAUUUCUCCUUUUCUUUCAUGCAACGGAUCAUGGGAAACACAAUUCAGCAACCACCCCAGCUCAUUGACUCCGCCAACAUCCGCCAGGAGGACGUGUACGAUGCCGUCAGCGACCCCGGGGACGAUGCCGGCGGCAGCGGCUCCGGCAGCGGCCCCCCCUCCUACGAGCCGGGCCUGGAGCCAGGCUUCCCCUACCCGCCCGACGACCUGCCCACGGUGGUGCCCAACGGCUACCCGGCCGCCCUGGGGCUGGGGGUCGGGGUCGGCGUGGGGGCCUACGACGCGCAGCAGGCGGCCAAGUUCGCUCUCUACUCGCCGUUCUCCAACGGCUCGGCCAACGGCUGCGGAGCCAUCCGGGGAUACGGCGGCGAGCACGGCAUGCUGCUUGGGGAGGGGGCGACGGUCCUGAGGCCCCCCGUGGUGCAGGAGAAGCCCCCCGCCAGUCACGUGGUGCCCCCUCCUCUCCCGCCGCUUCCUCCUUCCUCUUCCUCCUCUUCAUCCUCUCACCCAGGCCUCCACCACCAGCCACAUCAUCACCAACAACAACACUCUCUCCCCCACCACCACCUUCCUCACCAUCAUCAUCCACACCUUCAGCACACCCACAACGCCCUGAUGAACCUCCAGCAGCAUCACCACCCGCCCCCUCCACACCUCAUGCCGCCCGUGCUGCCCCCUCAACCCCCCCUGCUCCUCUCCUCCUCCUCCUCCUCCCCGCCCCUCAUCCCCACGCACGACAGUAUCGUGGCGGCUGCGGCUGCUAGCAGCGGUGGCAUGGUUGGGGGCAUGGGUGGUGUUAUCGGUGGUGUCGUGGGCAGUAGGGGCGCCGCCACGCCCAGCCCCCUGGCCCAUCAUCACCAACAGCACCAACACCAGCAACACCAACACCACCCCAGCAUCAUCACGGCCGCCCCUAAAAAGACUAGCUCUCCGGAGAUCAAGCUGAAGAUCAUCAAGACCUACCAGAACGGCCGGGAACAGUUCGAGUCGGCGCUGUGUGGAGACAUGCUGCAGGAGCUCCAGGCCUCCUCUGGGGGCGCCGGCGGUGAGGCCUCCGCAGGCCGUCGACGACACGAACAGAAGAAAGAGAAGAGGAAAAAGAGGAGCGGACAACUGUCGGCGGCAAGCCUGCCCACCGAACACGCCCAGUUGCCCCAGACGCCAUUCGCUGCAGCGGGCGCCACCAACGUCUCCGCCAGGCCAGGGGGAGUGGGGGUGCUGGUGGGAGGAGGCAUGGGAGUUGGGGUUGGGGGAUCAGAGGUGACCAGCUCUGCACACCCCCUGGACAGACGAUUCGCGACAAAGGAGGAGCCUGUUGCGGGCGCUCGGGUUAUCAAGGCACUCAAAACAGAAGCCAAGGAACAGAGAAUCGAGCAGCACUUUCCCACGGUCAUCACGGGCACGGGCAGCUGUAAGGAGUACGAGAUUGGCGACCUGGUGUGGGCCAAGGUGGGCACCUACCCCUGGUGGCCCUGCAUGGUGUCUUGCGACCCACAGAUGAAGGUCCACACUCGCAUCAACACCAGAGGACAUAGAGAGUACCAUGUGCAGUUCUUCGGGAGCGUGGCAGAGCGAGCGUGGAUCCACGAGAAGAGAGUGGUGGUCUACCAGGGCCAGAGCCAGUUUGACGACCUGCAAGCAGAGACGCUCCGCAAGUGCACCAAUCCCACCGAGAAACAAAAGCUCCUGAAGCCCCAGUCGCAGCGUGAGCGUAGCCAAUGGGAGGUGGGCGUGGGCCACGCGGAGGCGGCGCUGAUGAUGACGCGGGAGGAGCGCAACGAGACCUACACCUUCAUCUACGUGGACAAGCCGCUGCCCGGCACGGGAGGAGGAGGAGGAGGAGUAGGAGGAGGAGCGGGCAGGGGCAGGGGCAGGCCCGGCAGGCCGGGGGGCAGAGGGAGACGCGGUGGUGGGCCUCGUGUGGGCAGCAGGGAAGGAGGUACCACCGGAGCAGCCUCAGCAGCAGCAGCAGCAGCAGGAGCAGCAGGAGGAGGAGGGGCUGUGGGUCCUGGAGGAGCAGCAGCAGCAGGAGGAGGAGGAGGAGGAGGAGGGGUUGUAGUUGGAGGAGGUGGUGUAGGAGGAGUAGAGGGAGGUGGACGGAGGCAGCAGCCCAGGAGACAGUGCAGCAUGACCAGCGGAGAGGAGCAGUCCCCUCCCCCCACCACCCGGCAGCGCAGUGACGAUGACGACGACGAUGAUGAUGACGACGAUGAAGAUCGUGGUGGUGGACGUCUUAGAGGCCCUCUCCCCCAGCGCCACGGCUCCUCGUCCUCCUCCUCCCCACCUCUUAACAGCAACGCCCCCUCUGGCACCAACCCCGGCCCCGGCUCGGACGCGUCCUCCCAGCAGCCCCCCGUCAAGACGGCCUGGAAGACGGCCGCCGCCCGCAAGCUCCUGCCCCUCUCCAUCACUAUGAAGAAGCUGAACGUGGAGAUCAUCAAGUGUGACUGGCAGCUGCCCAAGGAGAAACUCAUGUUGCCCACCUCCAUCACCACCACCACCUCCUCCUCCACCACCUCCUCCAACACCUCCACCUCCACGCCCAAGCCCACGCCUCCCCCGCCAAAGCCCAAGGAGCCGGAGAAGGAGGUGGUACAGGAGGAAGAGGAGGAGGAGGAUGAGGAGGAAGAAGAGGAGGAAGAGGAGGAGAGGCGCAGCGGAGGAGGGGGCAGUAGAGGAGAGGAGCAGGUGCCAUCUCCAGAGGGUUCUCCGCAUGGCUCCAGUGAUAAGGCCGAGGUUCUGUCCAGCGAAGAGGAGAGGGAACCGUCACCCUGCGAGUGGACCAGCAGCGGUCAGGAUCGAGUCAAACACUCACCACCCAAUGACCACUCACCAGCCCCAUUGGAAAGGAAGCUGCAGCGUAGGUGUGUGCGGAGCCGGUCGGAGUCGGAGAAGAGUGUGGAGCCCGUACCAAAGAAGAAGGUCAAGAAGGAGCAGGCCGAGACCACUCCUCAGAUGGAUAUGAAGACGGGCUCUCAGAAAGCUUGGCUCAGCUCGAUAGAGAGGGUUCACGCGGUUGUCCCAGCUGCGCAGAGGCAACUCGCUAAGAUGCUAGCUGCUGGUUGGUCAGGUGACUCAUUGAGGCCCGCCUUCCCCUCCGCAGGAGCCAGUGAGAUCUCGGACUCGUGCAAGCCGCUCAAGAAGCGCAGCCGCGCCUCGACGGACGUGGAGAUGGCCAGCUCGCUCUACCGAGACACCUCCGACUCUGACUCGCGAGGACUCAACGACCCACAGAUGGGGUUUGGGAAGCGUUCAGACAGCCCGGCUACUGUGGAUGCUGACGGCUCUGAUUCCCAGUCGGUCGACUCCAACUUGUCUGGCCAGGACGGCUGCUCCUCCAAGAGGGAUAACAUAUGCCAGAAAUGUGAGGCCUUUGGGGAGUCGCUGGUGUGCUGUGAGGGGGAGUGCAGCAGACUACUUCACCCAGAAUGCCUUGGGGCCGGUACGGAGGGGGAGCCCAUCUGCCAGGAGUGCAAGACCGGUUCCCAUGCGUGUUUCUCCUGUAAGAUGGCGGAGGGCGAGGUGCGACGGUGCGCCGUGACGGGCUGCGGCCGCUACUACCACGAGCCGUGCGCCAGGAAGUACCCCGGCACGACCUUUGACCUGCGUGGCCUCUGCUGCCCGCAGCACAGCUGCGCCACCUGCUGCAUGGAAAGGGACCUGCAGAAGGCCUGCAAGGGUCGCAUGAUGCGCUGCAUCCGCUGCCCGCUGGCGUACCACAUGGGCGACGGCUGCGUGGCGGCCGGCUGCGUCCAGAUCACGCCGCACCUGCUGCUCUGCAGCAACCACUCCACGGCGCGCCGCAACGGACACCUCUGCUCACCGGUAAACGUAGGCUGGUGUUUCCUCUGUGCCCGAGGGCUCUUAGUGCACGACCUCUCUGACCCCAUAUUAAGCUCGUAUACCUUUAAGUCUCACUACCUUCUGACUGAGUCAAAUCGUGCUGAGUUGAUGACAUUACCUCUGAUUCCUUCUCCUUCGUCAGCUACCCAAAAGAAUAUUGGCAAAGGAGGAAGACUGUUGUGUUGCGAGGGGUGCCCGGCAGCCUUCCACCCUGAGUGUCUGAGCGUGGAGAUGCCGGAGGGGGUGUGGCUGUGCAGCGAGUGCCGGGCGGGCAAGAAGCCCCACUACAAGCAGAUCGUCUGGGUCAAGCUGGGCAACUACAGGUGGUGGCCAGCGGAGAUCUGCAACCCCCGCUUGGUGCCGUCCAACAUCCAGUCCCUGAAGCACGACGUGGGGGACUUCCCCGUCUUCUUCUUCGGCUCGCACGACUACUACUGGAGCAACCAGGGACGCGUCUUUCCCUACGUGGAGACCGACAAGAACUUUGCAGAGGGACAGGUCGGCAUCAACAAGACCUUCAAGAAAGCAUUGGAAGAGGCCGCCAGGAGAUUUCAGGAGCUGAAGGCCCAGAGGGAGACUAAAGAGGCCCUGGAACAGGAACGCAACUCACGCAGACCACCACCCUACAAGCCAAUCAAGUUCAACAAGCCGGUGGGCAGGUUGUGUCAGCCGUCUCAGCAGCCCCAGGCCUCGACCGACCUGUCUGAGAUCUCGCGCUGCAACUGCCGUCCCUCAGACGAGCGGCCGUGUGGACAGGACUCCCACUGCCUCAACCGCAUGCUGCAGUACGAGUGCCACCCACAGGUGUGCCCAGCGGCGGAGCGUUGCCUCAACCAGGCCUUCUCGCGGCGCCAGUACCCCGACACGGAGGUGCACAAGACCCACGAGCGCGGCUGGGGACUCAAAACCAAGCAGGAUCUCAAGAAGGGAGACUUUGUGAUGGAGUAUGUUGGGGAGCUGAUUGACUCUGAGGAGUGUCGACAGCGAAUCCGGCACGCCACCGAGAACCACGUGACCAACUUUUAUAUGCUGACGCUCACUAAGGACCGGGUGAUAGACGCUGCAGUCAAGGGCAACGUGGCGCGCUUCAUCAACCACAGCUGCAGCCCAAACUGCGAGACCCAGAAGUGGACGGUGAGCGGGGAGCUGAGGAUCGGCCUCUUCACCCUCUGUGACAUCCCCGCAGACACAGAGCUGACGUUCAACUACAACCUGGACUGCCUGGGUAACUGCCGGACGCCGUGCCACUGUGGAGCCCAGAACUGCAGCGGCUUCCUGGGGGUACAGCCCAAGAGUGUGGUGGUGAUGGAGAAGGAGAAGGGGCGUAACUCCAAGCUGAAGGCGCGCAAGAGGAAGUUGAAGCCGGAGAGGCACGAGUACCGCUGUUUCUGCUGCCGGGAGGGGGGCGAGCUGGUCAUGUGCGACCGCAAGGACUGCCCCAAAGCAUACCACCUCCUCUGCUUAAACCUACCCACGCCGCCCUAUGGGCGAUGGGAGUGCCCGUGGCACCAGUGCGACGUGUGCCAGCGGCCGGCGGCCAUCUUCUGCGACUUCUGCCCCACGUCCUUCUGCCGCGACCACGAGCGGGGGGGCGGACUGCUGCCCUCCGCCCUGGAAGGCCGCGCCUGCUGCACCAAGCACAACCCCCAGCGCCCCCUGGAGGGCGACGAAGGACAAGACGAGGUCAAGAUGGAGGAGGGGGACGACGAGGAGGAGGAGGAGGAAGAAGAAGACGAGGAGGAGGAGGAAGGAGAAGAAGAGGAGGAGGAGGAGGAGCAGGAGCAGGAGCUGGGGGAGGAAGAGGAGCAGCCAGACUCACCUGAGGAGCAGGCGGAGUGAAGACGAGGAAGAGCGAUGGAGGAGGAACGGGGUUUAUUGGUCCAUAUGCGUGUGCGUAUGCUUGUGUGUGUGUCUGUGACUGUGUGGGUGUGCGUGUUGGGACACAUCAGAUGCUUGAGGUCAGAGAGAGACAUUAGCUCAAUGUUGAAGUAAGUAAGGCUGUCAAAACCUCCCUCUCUCUCUUCUCUUCCUCCACCUCCUCCUCUUCCUCCCUCUACUCCAUUUCCCUAAAUCACCACAACACGACACACAUCAGAAGCCCCUUCCUUCCUUGCCUGUCUCUGGUGCGGCUGGCUCGUUCACUUUGACAUAAUACCAGAAGUUUUAGUUGUGGUGGUGGGAGGUCUGAGACUGUUAACCACGAGCUGUUCUCCUCCCUCUCAAACCCUUGCUCAUCAUCCCCCCAAAUUUAGUUCGCUUCCUCC